AUGGCGUCUCAGGCACGGAAGGCGUCUGGAGCCUCCGAGGCUGAUUUCUUCGAUAUCCCUGACGAACCGCUCCUCGCCAUACUGAAGAACCAACUAAGGCGUAUCCGCACCUGGGUUUUCAUUUUCGUCUUCAUCCUUUUCAUCCUCUAUCUCCGGCGGGAACCGCCCCCUCCUCCAGCCUUACCUCACAUCAAUUACGAUCAAGUCGAUUGGUCGAGGUACGCAUAUACACAAUAUGCGACCUCUAGCCCAUACCUCUGUAACGCGCUCCUCGUCUUCGAUGCUCUAGAAAGAUUUGGAAGUCGAGCGCAGCGAGUGCUCUAUUACCCAGAGGACUGGGAUAUACUUACUGAAACUGACCAUGACCGAGACAACCAAUUGCUCCGGGUAGCAAAGACGAAGUACAACGCGAUGUUGGUGCCAAUACAGCUAGAAAUGAUCAAACCAGGCGCAGGAUCAGGCGAGUCAUGGAAUAAAAGCAUCUCUAAAUUGCUCGCCUUCGGUGAGACUGAAUAUGAUCGAGUCAUUCACCUCGACUCCGAUAUUUUAUUGUUGAAGAACUUGGACGAGCUGUUCUUCCUGCCCCAUGUGCCCGUCGCAAUGCCUCGAGCAUACUGGCUCCUCCCAGAGCAAAAGGCCCUUUCCUCCCUCCUCCUCGUCAUUGAACCUUCUUAUCGCCGAUACAAAGCCCUUUUGGAUACUGCGCUCGGUAUCGAGUUCAAGAGCUCCGGUAGCGAUAGCCCACGGAUGAAAUAUGACAUGGAACUGAUGAAUGAAUUUUACGGUGAUUCAGCCAUGGUUUUGCCACACAGGCAAUAUGGUUUGGUUUCAGGGGAGUUCCGGUCACAGAAUCACACUGCGUUCCUGGGAAGUGUUGACGAAGUCUGGGAUCCUGAUAGGGCCCUUUCAGAGGCUAAAUUUGUGCACUUUUCCGACUGGCCGUUGCCAAAGCCCUGGGUGAUGUGGCCGUCUCAGAUGUUGCCUGAUAUUUUACCGAAGUGUAAGAAUAACCCGGGAACGCUGCAUGAGAGCGGGUGUCGUGAUCGAGAUGUAUGGUUGAAGCUCUAUGACGAUUUCCGUGUAAGACGGAGGGAUGUCUGCAAACUUCUCAGUUAUCCUGCGCCUAACUGGUCUCCCGGGAAUGAUCCGCCAGCUGGGGGCCCCGGAAAGUAG